UUGUCCGACGAAGACGAUGAUCUUUGCCCUGUAGAAUGUGUGAGGGAGUUCAAGACGGAUGAAGAGUUCAUCAGAAUUCUAGACAGGGCAAAGGAAAGUGGAGCGCUGGUGGUUGUGGACUUUUAUCGAACAUCUUGUGGGAGUUGCAAGUACAUAGAACAAGGGUUUGCGAAAUUGUGCAGGGGAUCUGGAGAUCAAGAGGCUCCGGUUAUCUUCUUGAAGCACAAUGUCGUUGAUGAAUAUGAUGAACAAUCUGAGGUUGCUGAACGACUGAGGAUCAAGGUAAGUUUCUUUUCUCCUUCUUAAUUAAAUUAUCUGAAUGAACUCGUUGCUUCUGAAAAUUUAGAGACUUAAACCAUUUCUUAAUCCCUUUUUCUAAUCUUCAACAAAUAUCAAGAAUGAUUACCCAUCCUCAUCGAUGAAAAGGGUAUAUGAUCUGAUCAUCCUGUAGGUAAC